ACUUUACCACGCACCUAUCUUAAAGGAAAAUAUUUAAUCCGCAACUAUGACAGAGGGAAAUAACGGGUCCCAGUCACUUUCUUCUCCCGACUUACGUUCGAGGACAAGAAUCAGUGUGAAACGCUAUCCAAGCCCUCAGCACCUCCACCUCCUAAAAAAGUGGCCUGCGAAGGAGCCGGAUGCAAACAAAACCGAUAUUAAUUCAGACUCGGAGGACGAAAUAACCGGCAGAAAUCCUGUUUUAUCGCCAGCCACAUUUGAAAGAAAAGGGGAACAAGAAGAAAAGGAUGAAUUAGAGACCAAAGCAGUGGCGACCUCACCUGACGGCAGGUAUCUUAAAUUCAACAUCGAAAUUGGCAGAGGGUCGUUCAAGACUGUUUAUAGGGGCUUAGAUACGGAGACCACGGUGGAGGUGGCAUGGUGCGAGUUGCAGACACAGAAGCUGACGAAAGCUGAGAAGCAGCGCUUCAGCGAGGAGGCUGAGAUGCUGAAGGGCCUGCAGCAUCCCAAUAUCGUACGCUUCCAUGACUCCUGGAAGUCCACGGUCAAUGGCCAUAAGUGCAUCAUCCUGGUCACCGAGCUCAUGACCUCAGGAACCCUAAAAACGUACCUGAAGCGCUUUAAGGAGAUGAAGUUGAAGGUCCUGCAGCGCUGGAGCUGCCAGAUCCUAAGAGGCCUGCACUUCCUGCACAGCCGCAGCCCCCCGAUCAUCCACCGCGACCUCAAGUGCGACAACAUCUUCAUCACCGGCCCCACUGGCUCUGUGAAGAUCGGGGACCUUGGACUGGCCACCCUCAAGAGCACGUCCUUUGCUAAAAGCGUCAUCGGAACUCCUGAGUUCAUGGCCCCAGAAAUGUAUGAGGAAAAGUAUGACGAGGCAGUGGACAUCUAUGCCUUUGGCAUGUGCAUCUUGGAGAUGACCACGUCAGAAUACCCCUACUCUGAGUGUCGGAAUGCAGCCCAGAUCUACCGCAAGGUCACCAACGGAAUCAAGCCGGACAACUUCUUCAAAGUUAAAGUCCCCGAGCUUCAGGAGAUCAUUGAAGGAUGCAUACGGAUGAACAAAACUGAAAGGUACACCAUCCACGACCUUCUGGAGCACCCGUUCUUCCAGGAGCACGGCGGCAUGCACGUGGAGCUGGCAGAGGAGGACGACAUGCUGAAGUGCGGCCUGAAGCUCUGGCUGCGCAUGGACGACCCCAAGAAAUAUCGAGACAACAACGCCAUCGAGUUCCUCUUCGAUCUCUACAAGGAUGUGCCUGAGGAUGUCGCGCAAGAGAUGGUGGUCUCAGGAUUCGUGUCCGAGGUCGACUACAAACCCGUGGCCAGAUCCAUCCGUGACCGGGUGACGGCCAUCAAGCGGCAGAGGGACAAGCUGAGCAGGCCGAGGAAGACUACGCUGGAAAGGGAUGAGGAGCGUGGGCAACAGAUAGCAGCUGCUAAGGUUCCUGGCCCAGCUUCUGAGGGCAUCCUGCCCAUGCUCACCGUGUCUGCUCCUGCCCCUCCCCCGUCUGACAGGUCUGCAGACUCCCACAUGAGUCCACUCCUCUGCUCGGCACCCAAGGAGCCUGAUGCACAUCCUCAUGACCUCAGUCUGCAGCCCAGCUGCUCCCCCUUCACUUCUGAAUGUGAGACAGACGGCUUUCUGAGCUCUUCUGAGGGAAUUCCCACUCCUCAACAUUCUCCACUAAGUCCCGCCCCACCCAAGCAAACUCUACAAAUCCCAGCCCUUUGCUACCCCCUGAGUGUUGCAGAGUCCCAUAAUACUGAGUGCAGUCAGUCAGGAUCAAGCAGCGGUCUUUCCUCUCCCGUUGACAGUGACGGACAUGAAGGAGUCCUAACGGAAGGCAAGAUCUCCCGGGGGGGGAACCGGCCUCAGCUACACAUCACCAGGCUAUCGGACAAUGAGGACCGUGUGGUGGAGUGCCAGUUACAGACUCACAACAAAACAAUGGUGACCUUUAAGUUUGACCUUGACGGGGACAGUCCCGAGGACAUCGCCACUGUCAUGGUCAACAAUAAGUUCAUACUCCCAACUGAAUGGGACGGGUUUAUCCUCAACCUGCGUGACAUCAUCAGGAAGGCUGAGGCCCUCAUGAGAGGAAAGCCCUCUGGCCAGGAUGACCCAGCAGGGAUUUCCCAAAAGCUGUCUGUGAAAAAGGCCCGAACUCUGUCUGCCCCUCAGGUGAUUCCUGAAACCCCCGUCGGCUGUGAAGAUGUGGAAACCAUAGCCUUUCUGUCAAAAUCCCCUCUGGACAAAAGCUCCACGUCUCAGGCCAGUCAGACGAAGAACAGCGAAGAGGAGCAACAGGAUUCGGAGGCGAGCCUGAACACUGGGCUGAUGCUCUCUGGUCAGAUAUCCAGGAACAGUUUGGAAUAUAGCACCACAGUGAGAAGGAUGAUGGAAGCAGAAGAGCAAAUAAAGGAAGGCGAGGUAGCAGAGCCAGAGCAGAGGAGCCAGUACAGUGAAGGAACAGGAGAGAGCCAUGCAGAGGGUGGCUGUGAUGAAAGCAUCCAGCAGAAUGUCACCUUGCAGCCGCUUUGGAUAAACUAUGCUGGCAGCUCCUACCAGAGCAGCGAUGAGACAGAGACUGAGGAUGAAGAGAUCUGGGAGGAGCUGGAGGAACUUCGGAGCAGACACCAGUUAGAGGUUCAGGAACUGCAAGCUACCCAGAAGCAAGAGAUUGAGGAACUCUAUCAGAGCAUGGGAAAGGUGCCCCCUGCAGGCAUUGUUUCCCCCGCUACGAUGCUGUCCAACCACCAGCGGCACUUGGCAAAAGCCUACAUCUCAUCCCUCAAAAACAGCUUACUGAGACUUGAUCUUGUACCACCCACUGGUGGUCCAUCAUCAGGGACUGUGCGGAAAAACUCACAAGACAGGCCAAGCAAAGGAGUGACCUUCAAAACGGUGAGCAUGGGACCUCAAAGCUAAAUGGCAUCAUUCAUAUCACCACAUCACACACACAGAUUCCUGUCCUUCGUAGUUCCAGUUUUAAAUGUUUGUUGUCCUUUUCUUCUGCCUUUUCUAGUGAGCAGCUUUUGCCUGGAUCAUCUUGACUUGUGUGGUUCCCUCCUUUGAUCACACGACGUCCCCCUUGUUUCCCAGAAGGAUGGGGCUCACCAGUCUAAAAAGGGGACUCCUUACCUAACUGAUUCUUUUUUUACUGGACUGCAGACCACUGGUGGACUCAGGGUGCCUCCUUGCUGCCCCCACGGCUGAAAAAAUGUUGCUGCUCUUGUUAAUAGCAAAAAUGCUUGUGGUGCACUAUGGGUGCCUUUCUAGUGGAAAAACUCCAUGAAGUGCCCUCUAAGGUUACCCUUCCAAGUGAGCAUACAUGAUCAAGUGCCCUUGGGAUGGAGAUGGGAUCUCUGAUAGCCCACUAUGAGAUGCAGCGUCCUGCAUUUGUGAGAUAAUCAGAUGAAAUAAUGUACCCUGUAUGUGUUCUUAUGUACAGGAAAAUGUUACACCCAGGUUACCUCUGUAGUCGACAAGACAUUGAAUAACCAUAAUCGGGGAUGAUAACUAUUUCUCCCUAUGCAGCGUGCCAUUCCAUUAGGUGGGGGAGUGUGCAUGUCCUUCAGCUGGUGCCCUUUUCAGUUUUUCGCCCCUGUCCCUCAAACAGCCCGAGUUCUACACUGCUACGCACAGUUUAAUCAGAAACAGAUGCAAACGCUCACAUAAGAAAAUGCAUUGUAUUGGUUGUUGGGUGCUAAUGGAACAGUGUGUUUUUAAGUUAAUACGUUUUCCACAAAGUUUUCAGUGGUCCUUGUAUGCGUACAUCAAUGAGAAUAUAUUAUGCAAACUUUGUACUCUUUGUCAAAUUGCUGUAUGUCCUCUGAAAUACAAC